CUUCAAGUUCCGUCUCACAGUCGCCCAUUUCUUAGUCUUAGGUCGGUCGGUCUGUAAAUUUCCGUCCAUCAGCAGUCGUCUCGUCGACCUCCGCGCAUUGCGCCUCGCGGAUCGUUACGAGCCUCCCGCCAUAGCGUCAGUGCGUCGCGUUGCCUCCCUCCCCCCUCGCCAGACUCCGUCGCAACGGCGGGUCGAGACGGCGCCGUGCUCCUGUGGGACCUCCGCGCCUCCUCCCAGCCCACCGGUGCCAUAGUGCGUGCGCACCUCCCGCCCACCACUCCCCCCUCAUGGCGUCACCCGCUGCUGCUCCCCACGCGCAAGUCCAAGCCCCACCAACAGCCACCACUCCGCACGCCACGCAUCCGCCCCGUGGUGGGGUGCUCCGUGACGUCCGUGCUCUUCUCCCUCGACGCCCGCAUGCUCCUCAGCGCUGGCGCCUCUGACGGAGCCAUCAAGUUUUGGGACAUCCGGUCAUUCAAAGCGCCUCUCAUGGCCAUGUGCCCCAGCAGCACCUCUGACUCGCCCACCUCCAUGCCUGCUCCGAGCCAGCCGUGUCUCACGGGCGCCCCAUCCCGAGUGCGCGGCAUCACCAGCCUGUCUCAGGAUGCCUUCGGCUCGCGCCUCACUGCCUCCUGCACCAACGGCAGGGUGUACGUGGUGGACAUGGGUGCGCCGCUGCCUCGUGUCUCCCACACGCUGCAAGGCGCUCAGAUCGACUCCUUCUUUGUCAAAGCCGGCAUCAGCAGCGAUGGCACGCGUGUGGCAUGUGGUGGCAGUGAUGGCAGCAUCAACGUGUGGCAGCUGUCGUCCAAUGAUACGAUGCCAUCUGUCACCUUCCAGGCGCACCAAGGGGAGGUCACAGCCCUGCGCUGGUCGCCAGUGGACGGGUCAUCGCUGCUCUCCGCUGCUGAUGAUUCCACUGUCGCCCUACACACCCUCCACCCUCUGCCUCCCCCCUCCCCUCCCCGCUGCCACCCAUUCUCGGCCUCUCACACCCUCUCUGGGAGAGCAAGUGCGGCCUGGCGUCCCCGCCUCCCUGUGUCUGCUGGCUCUCACGUGAGAGAGGCAGAGGCUGCGCCAGCAGCAACACCACCAACAGCAAUCACGGCGCACCCAGUGACCCCAGCAGCAGCAGCAGCAGCAGCAGCAGCGUCAGCGGAGCUCCCGGUGAGUCCGGCAGCAGCAGAGUCGAGUGUGGAUGUGCCAGCAGCAUCAGAUGGAAGACCAGCAGAGUCACGAGCAGCACCAGCCGCAGCAGCUGCUGCAGCAGCAGCGGAAGUGGCAGCGGCAGUGGCAUCAGGCAUCCGCAAGAGGCCCCGGGAAGACCACUGCACUGCCACCGCGGCUGCUGGCAAUUGCAAUGCAUGCAACGGUGAGGCGGCUGCCACCGUGCCACCUGGAGAAGCAGUAGCGGAAGCAGCAGCGGCGCUGGCAGAGGGGGCAGAGGCACCUGGGGCAGCAAAGGCGCCAUUCAGAGCAACAGUCAAGCCCAAUCAGACAGCUGUCACGAUGUCAGAAGCACAGGAGGCACCACCACCUGCAGGUAGUAGUGCUGAUAUGGAGGCAGGUCAAGCCGACAUGGCCAUGCAGGACAGUGCAGGCCGUGCAGAUAUGGAUGUGGGCGCCUCGUGCCCUUCAGAUCAAGACACGCAGCCACCGGAAGGCGGUUUGCCGGCCAAAUCGGUGGCAGGGUGCAAGUGGGGCUUGGCCCCGUGCACUGUGCCUGGGGGGAAGUCGAACAAAGCGAUGGCUUCCACGUGUCAAAAUCGGCAGUUGACACCGAUGCAAUGUAGUGGAUGAGACUGGUGAUUGGUUGUAUAAGAGCUUGAGUCUUCCAAUGAAAGCAUGGAAAAUGGUAAACGUCAUCGCCUCUUGGAGCAAGCGUCGAAUUCUUUUGCCACCCUUGAUCCAAAAUAAGUCGCCA